AUGGACAGCACCCAAAAGGCUUUAAAUCUGCAAAAUUUUCUUGCCGAUUAUCAGCGAAAAUUAACUGGCUCUGAGAACGAUAUGCCGUUCUAUAUGCAAGCCAAUCCCGUGCUCGUGGACGUGGGUGAGAGCUGUUCCCUGGACCUGAUCGAAUCCCCAGACGACAUAUCGAUCGCAAACUUUCAGCCCGGCGCAGAUGUAUUUCGCCAAACUGCUGUUCGGCCGCAGGAGGAUCAGCAUGUGCCCGCCACCUUUACGGCCCUGACCAACUACAAGACCAAGUCGCGCAAAUGUGCCUUUGGACGCACCCAAUACACUCACAAAUUGAAUCCGCCGCCGGCGGACUGCCAGGAUCUCCAGUUGGAUGCCUGCGAACUGGAGCUAACGGUGCGUCUCUACCGGCCACCGCGUGCCUACCAUCGGGGAUUCAAGGUGGAGAUCCCCGUAUUCUCCGAGGAGUACGUCUGCCUGGGCAGCAACUAUCUGACCGAGCUGCGCGACAAGAUCAGCUGCGUGUGCCGCGGCAAACGCUUCGUGGACAUCAGCAAUGAUCCGGAUGCUCCGCUGCCCACAAUCGACACAAAUCCGGGGUACUUCUUCAUCAACGACACCUUCUACAAUGACAAACGCAAUCCCAACAAUCCCGACUAUUCGCAGACCGUGUUAAAGUGGGCGGCUCGUGCAAACGGAGUGCAAGCAGAAUCGCUUAAGGUGGAGAAUAUGGAGGGCAAACGCUUCAUAGAUCUAACGGUUAGUCCAGGAUCACCGCUGCACUACCUGCAUCACGGCAACUGCGAACACCUGUUUGUAAUCUCGCAGAUCGAGGUGCUAACGCCGCGCAGUAAACGCCCCGAACGCAGUCUAUAUCCCUAUCCUCACGCCUUUAGCACCUUCAACCGAAGGACCUGCUACUUGUGCGGCAUUCGCAGCUACAGCUUCAUUGUCGAUCAGUCCCGACGACAGCUGCACAAUCCCUCCUACCUGUGCCGCAGUUGCCUCUUGAGUUUCCACUACGUGGAUGGCCAAAAGGUUGGUCAGUUCAAGGCCUAUCGCAUAUAUGACCAUGCGGAGGCGGAGGACGAGGAGGAGGAGCAUAAAGGUGGCGAAAAUUAAGUUAACAUUUUGUCAAAUAUACCAAACAAUUGCAUAUGGGAAAUGAUAAAUCGUGUUUUACUACAAAUACAGAUUUUACCAUCAAUAAUUACUUACUAGUUUACAAUAAAACAUAGAAUAUUAUA